AUGUUGCUCCUCUCACUGGUCUUGUUGUUCAAUGCGGCCAGUGCCGCCCGGCCCAUGGAAAACCUCGGCCGUGGUGUCGUUGCUCUCCGUGCAAGUGGAGGCGUCUUUGUCUCUUGGCGACUGCUUGGUCUUGAUCCAAGCGGUAUUGGUUUCAAUCUGUAUCGAAAGGCUGGUUCAAGUGCGGCUGUCAAGGUCAAUUCUGCUGUGUUGACUGGUGGUACGAAUUACCUCGACACUGCUGCCGAUAUAGGACAGCAGAAUGAGUACUACGGUAUGAAGCUAUCCUCUCAAUGAGUCGCCAACACUGUUAUGCUAACGGAGCGCAGUCCGCCCUGUUGUCAAUGGAGCCGAGCAGCCCGCGAGUGGGAGCUUCAGGUUGAAGGCCAACAGCGCUGAAGAGCCCGUCUUCCGUGUGCCUCUUCGAGCAGGCAACUCAAUCAAGUUUGUCUGGGUCGGCGACCUCAACGGCGAUGGCGAAUACGAUUACGUUAUCGAUCGUCAGGGCAAUCCGCAGACCAUUGAGGCGUACUUGAACGAUGGAACAUUCCUGUGGUCUGUGAACCUCGGGCCAAACAGCGCCAAUCAAAACAACAUUGAGCCCGGCUCAUCGACAAUCGACGUCGGAAACUGGGAUGGUGUCACUGUCUACGACUUCGACAACGAUGGCAUCGCCGAGGUGGCCAUCAAGAUUGCCAAUGGUGUAGUCUUUGGUGACGGCACUACCUGGUCCAAUUCGGACAACAACAAGCAGUGGAUCGCCUUCUUGAACGGACAGACGGGCGCUUUGCGAGCUUAUGUUGCCCUGCCACGAGACUACGCCGCCGACGGGCCGCUCGCAGCGCGGUUUGGCGUUGGUGUGCUUGACGGAACGACGCCGCAUCUCGUGGCGUUUAUGAAGAACAGGCAGGACGGUGGCGCAUUCAAUCUCAUCGAGUGUGCCUAUACCUUCAAAGGCUCCAACGCCGUGCAGAAGUGGUGCUGGAAGCGCGACUCUCAGAACGCACCGGAUGGACACAACACAAGAAUCAUCGACGUGGAUGCCAACGGCUCGGAUGAAGUUGUCGAGAUCGGCUAUUGCCUGAAUGGCGACGGGUCUCUGCGCUACUCGCUUGGCCCCUCUGGCAUCAUUCACGGCGAUCGCUUCCAUGUCGCCAAGAUAGAUCCGUCGCGAGCAGGCCUUCAGGGCUACGGCGUGCAGCAGGACCAUCCUGACUUUCUUUACGAGUAUUACUACGACGCCCGUGACGGGAAGAUCCUAUGGAAGCACUUUGGCUCGAGUGCCUCUGAUGUCGGCCGUGGCAUGGCUGGUGACAUUGAUCCGCGAAGCGCUGGCAUGGAGACGGUACGUUCAUUUUCUUACUCAUGUUAUCAGAUAAUUCAUUCCUAACAGAGCACAGUGGUCCUUCAGCGGCGUGUACAAUGCCCCCUCGAACAAGCUCGCGGAACCAGACACAUCCAAGGCGCCCUGGCCCUCCCUGGGUCUCUGGUGGGACGGCGACACGCUCCUCGAGUUCUACAACGAUGGCAAGAUCGAGAAGUGGGACUGGCUCAAGCCGAGCGCUUCCAACAGCCUGCCUCGCAUCGAGAGCAUCUGGAACUACGGCGCCACCAGCUCCAACGGCGUUUACCCCCAGAUGAUUGGCGACAUCAUUGGCGACUGGCGCGAGGAGGUCAUCCUGACCAACUCGGACUACUCGCAGCUCGUCAUCUUCUCGACGGAUAUCCCCACAAGCACCAGGUUGUACACGCUGCCGCAUAAUCCGGCGUACAGGAACUGCAUGACGCUCAAGGGCUACCAGCAGUCGAACCACGUUGAUUACUUUAUGGGUUCGGGCAUGAGUACACCGCCACCGCCGAAUAUUUACUAUGUUUAAAUCAAAUAGCGAAGCGCUGCUUCCAUUCAUCGUAGUGAACCAUAGUUCGAAUAGCAAGUUUUAAGUGGUGUACUGGGUCAAACAGUCAACAUUGAAUGCAAUCAUGUAAUCCUUCAGCAAUAGUAUUGUAGCUAGGGCUAAAAUAACUCCAUCCGCUGCAACUCAACCUUAAAUACAACCUUACUUAGAAAUCAUAGUGAACAAAAAUUUAGCUUAAUAUUAAACAACUUUAGUCAAAAUUGUAAACUAAUGAGGUCAUUAUGAUACUGGCUGCUCCCCUAGAGCAUUGAGGGUGGCAAUGUCUAGUUAGGAGAGCAUCAGUCCGCUCAUGCUCGCGAUGGCAACAAUGCAUGUAAGUAUUCAGCCAAUCACUCAAGUUCAAUAUUAAUCAACUUCUGUUCCUAAAGAUCUGGGUUAUGGGAGGGAAGGUAAUACCAUUGGCGGCGUCACGCCAAGCUUUUACAGGCAUCCAUCAAGACAGGGAAUACAGAUCGCAGUAUAGCAUGCUUGGAGUGACAGCUAAGAAGACGAUGGAAAUCCUCCAUAUUGCAGACUCAUCCUCGAAAUUAUAGCCUACCGACUAAAUUAUCAAUAUCCUGUCCAUCAUAAUGGCAAGACCACAUGCCAAAUCAUCUGACUCUUACACGGGACUAACGAGACACUAUCGAUUCAACAACUGUGGCCGUCAAUUUUGAAGUUUUAGCUUUGAAGACGUUAUAUGUUCAUAUGUUUCAUCAUUAUCAUUUCUCCACGACUGCCAAGAGGUCGCUCAUAAGAUCGUUAAAUCCGGCCCCUCAUAGGUGUAGCGGCGAGUUGAGGUGACGGUGCCCCUUGAUCACGACAUCACGGGUAAGUUCAUUAUCACUGCGACAUCGGACGAAGCGAAAAAGCAAAGCGGCAUUUUUCUUAUCUUAUAGGGAGAAGGGUCGAUACUUAGAUGUUCAUGGCAAAUUCGUAUGUGACCAGAGAUAAACCAGUGAGGUAUAUUCUUGUGCCAAGAAACACACCAAAAAUGACCAGUAGCACGGCUUCAAGAUCACACGUUGGCUAUGGGUCUGUAGAUCCGCUGCCUUUGGAUUUAUUGCAAGGAAAGGUUGAUGGUGAGCGAAAAUAUGGCUAUACGAAAGAUGGCAAGAAGAAGCGCAUCCUCUUGAAUGCAUUUGACAUGAACGGCGUUGGCCACAUAAGGUAAUGGGCAGUUUCUAGCAUAAUGGCACCAAUCAAGCUAAUAAAUUGACGGUUCCUAGUAUUGGGCAAUGGCAGAACCCUGAGGACAAGAGCUCACAGAAGAACCGUCUUCCGUACUGGAUUGAAUUGGCAAAGCUCUUGGAGAAGGGUAAAUUCAAUGCUCUGUUUCUUGGUAAGCAGCUCAUUCCCGUUGCCUACUACUCUAUCAUAGGUACUGAUAACCGCCAUUUAGCGGACAACUUUGGAUCGCAUGAUGUUUACAAGAGCAGCCACGCGCCAGCUAUCCAGUCAGGAACGCAAUGGCCCUUGUACGACCCGUUCACAGUACGUCAACAUUGAUAGUGAUAUAGACACACCGCAAUUCAUUGAACAUCCAGAAGGUUAACGUGGGUUAGGUAAUUUCAGCAAUGGCGACAGCGACAAAGAGUCUUGCUUUCGGGAUUACGGCGUGUACAACCUUUGAGCCCCCUUUCAGCUUAGCAAAGCGCUUCUCUACUCUAGACCACCUCACUGAGGGAAGAGUUGCAUGGGUGAAUAUAGUGUGGCCUUGUUUUGCUAACUACACGGUUGCUAACGUCCGUUCGUCUUAGAACAUUGUUACGUCUUGGAGUGACAAUGCUGCCCGGGCGUUUGGCCUACCACAAUUGCCAGAACACGAUACGCGUUACGAGAUUGCGGAGGAGUAUCUGAACUUAGCCUACAAGUAAGCAACCCACACGACGACAUGUAGACCUUUGUAGCCAAAAGAAAUUUUCCCCUUCGCUCAUUAUCCAGCUAACCUAUGUCAAGACUAUGGGAGUCCUCCUGGGAAGAUGACGCCGUUGUCAAGGACCCCUCAACCCACACGUACACACAGCCUACCAAGGUCCGAAAGGUUGUCCACAAAGGCAAGCAUUUCAAGUCCGAGUCAGCACACCAAGUCGACCCCAGCCCGCAGAGAACUCCUUUGCUCUUCCAAGCAGGCAUGUCCCCCGCCGGUUCCGCCUUUGCGUCCCGCCAUGCAGAAUGCGUCUUUGUCGGCGGCGCGAGCCCUGCCAUUGUUGCGCUGAACGUCCAGAGGACGCGUGCCCAGGCUGCGGCAAACGGCCGUGACCCAUACGACAUCAAGUUCUUUGUUCAGCUCACGCCUGUGUUGGGCGCCACGGACUAGGAGGCGCAGGAGAAGUUUGAGCGCUAUAGGCAGUAUGCGAUCGGUGAUGGCGGCCUUUCCCUCUUUGGCGGGACGUCGGGCAUUGACAUUAGCAAGUUUCCGCCGGACGAGGAGUUUCCUACAGACCCGGAUCAUCCACUGCUCCAAGGGUUCACGCCAGCUCAGCGAAACAGACUGCUCGCAAGGCCCAGGGGGUAUGAUAAGUGGACUCCCCGAAUCCUGGCCGAGUACCAGUCAAUUGGUGGAAGUGCUAUGUUCAAGGUUGGUAGCGGUGCCACAGUCGCGGAUGAAAUAGAGAGAUGGGUCACCGAGGCGGAUGUUGAUGGUUUCAAUAUUGGGCAUAUCGUUGUCCCAGGUGCUUGGGAGGAUGUUACCAAGUAUCUUACCCCAGAACUGGAGCGUCGUGGUUGGCUUGGCACUGGCGAUUACAAUGUCCCGGGCGGUACAGCGUGUGAGAAUCUAUACUCGACUCCAGGACAUCCGCAUUUGCGCCAAACUCAUCCUGGAUAUCAGUAUAA